AUGCCGCGGCGGCUUGGCCCCGCAGGACACAUCUGCUUGCAUGUGGCCUGGGCAGCGGCUGCCGUAGCGCAGCGCAGCCAAAAUGUGGCCGAUGAGGACGUCUGCUCCACGAUGCAAACGCGAAGGGGCGAGCCCGAUAGGCGAGUGGAGACAACAGCCAUCAAGGCAGAAGCCCUGGAUAGGCUGGUUGAGAAGCAAAAUCACUCCAACACCGCCUUUACGGUCAAGGAGGGCCGGAAUGGGAUCCUCCGCAAGGUGCAAAGCAUCGAGGCAUGGAUCGACAGCAGACCGCCGGAGGUGCAGACGGUGAUCAAAGCUGUGUGUUACUCGUGGGCGACAGCCAUGAUCUUGGGUCUUGUCGGUAUGGGCUUGGGAAUCGUGAGGUGGCAGCCACCCAGCAAGUACAUCUCUUGGAAGGCUCUUUCCGAGGGAGGGGCGGGUGGUGGUCUGUGCGCCAUUCCCGCUGCCAUCUUGUUGGCGAUACUGAGCAUCCCAUCGAACAUGAUGUACCUGAGCCUGGAGACACGACGGGCAAUGUGCGGGAUUUUCAUCUUCUUCGGCGCUCUCUUCUGGAUCAUGUGGAGUUACGGGCUCAUCCAGCCCGUGCUGAAUCAGCUGGCCUCCUACAUCUACAUCUUCGCUUUGGUGGGUGCCAUCUGUGUCGUCGUCCUUGCGGAUCUGCUACAACGUGCACAUUCCGCCUUCAGUGGCCCUUUCAUGGCACUACAAAGGAUGCAGCAUCAGUUCGCUCGCUUGGAAGAGAAACUCGGCCUUGGGGUAGUCGUCGGCCAGGACUGA